AGCCAGGGCCUUUCCUUCUCCACCAGAUUACCCUUACCUUCUGCGUUUUGCUUUCAGCACCUGUACCUCUCUGUCACUCUAUUUUCCUCUUGACACUUUUGCCCCCGCCGAAUCCCCUAUUCCCCUUUGCAUGUAAACUGUAAAUUUCUCCUGGCUUUCCAUUUCUUUCUCUCUUUUUUUGUCCUCUUUUGCUUGAGAAAACCCUAAUCUCUGCCCAAUUUUUGCAAAGUUGGGUUUUCUAGGGUUUUGGAUAUCUUCUCUGAAGCUUGGUGUGUCCAGUCCAGGCAUUAGAUUACAGCUGAGGUGGACAAAUGAUUCUCACAAAGCAGUAUCGAUGUAUACAUUCUGCAAGCUGUCAAUGCACAAAAGGGCAUCUAAGUGAAGAUGCUAUAUUCCUUGUAUUUCAACAAUUGAAUUGGAAUCCUAAGUUAAUAGCAACACUUUCCUGUGUCUGCAAAUGGUUUGAUGAUCUUGCCAAACGUGUACUGUGGAAGGAGUUUUGUAAAACAAGAGCACCAAAGAUGAUGAUUGAUUUGCAAUCUAGUGGGAGUCACAGUGUAGAUGGAAACUGGAGGGCACUUGGAAAACUGCUUAUUUACUGUUCAGGAAGUAAGAAGGGCGGCCUCUUUAAUACCGUUCAUAUCCCUGGUCACUUUGUCUAUAGGACCAGGUUUUCUAGGACAUCGGGGAAGAGCUUCCUUUUGCCACAAUGCAGAACAGAUGUAUUGUAUGUCUCUGACCCGUGUGAACAUCUUGACCAAGGAGAAGAGGGAGAUGUGGGUUUCUUCCGGGGAAUUUUCAAGUCGUUCUCAAUGUCAAAGGUCCGGAAGAUGUUGAUUAAAAGAGAGGCCCAAUUUCAUCCGACAGAGGUGUGCCCUUACUGUAAGGCCAAGUUGUGGAGCAUGUUGCAAGCCAAAAUGAUACCUCAAAGUGCCAGCUGCAGAUUGGGCGCUUAUGAGGAUUGCAUUGAGUAUUUUGUUUGCCUCAAUGGACAUAUGCUCGGUAUUUGUACUCUGUUACCUUUAUCUGAUUCAGAAGAGGCAUCGGAGUUGGAGUGAAAGUUGAAACAAAAAAGAGGCAGGUUCCUUGCCAUUUUGCAAGCAUAAAGUUGUCGAGGCGGUACAUAUUUGGGGGCUUGAGCUGAAAUGAACCAUUAACAAUCACAUCAAGUGUUCGAGCAUUCUGCCCUGCUCUGAUGUUGUUUUACAUGGCAUCAAAUGGUUAGAAGCUGUUGCUAACCAUUUGUUUUCCAAUUGCCCUUUCCAUAAAAUGUUGUUACCGUGAACCAUGUAAUACAAUGUACAUUCAUGUAUGCUCUAAAUAUGUAUGUGGAUCAAAUAUUGGGUUGUGCAAUAAGGUUACAUGCUCACCAUGAUCGAUCAA